AGCAAGUGACCAGUGAGUCAGCAGAUAUGGGUAGGAAACCUUGUUGUUCCAAGGAAGCAGGGUUGAACAGGGGAGCAUGGUCCUCCAUGGAAGACCAAAUACUCACUGAAUAUAUUAAGCUUCACGGUGAAGGAAAAUGGAGAGGCCUUCCUCAAAGAGCAGGGUUGAGGAGAUGUGGGAAGAGUUGCAGGCUACGGUGGCUAAAUUAUCUAAGACCCACUAUUAAGAGAGGAAAUAUCACUCCAGAGGAGGAGGAUCUCAUUAUUAGGCUUCAUUCACUCUUGGGAAACAGGUGGGCUUUGAUAGCAGGAAGGCUUCCAGGGCGAACAGACAAUGAAAUAAAGAACUACUGGCACACCAAAAUUGCCAAAACAACUAAAGCUCAACAAAUACCAAAUGUCACAACCAAUCAACCAAUUUCUGAAGCAGCACAGCUCCAUUCUACUGAGGCUAUAAAGCCAAGAGUGGUUCGAACCAAGGCAACCAGGUGCACCAAAGCAGUCAUCAUCCCAUUUCUUGCACAAGAUGGUCUUGUUCACAACAAUGAACCAGCUGCUGCUGUGGCUGCUGGACCUACCACCUCGCGCAGCUCCAUGGUUGAUCAUGAUGAUGAAUAUGGGAAAACUAGUGCUGGAACCGAGAGUUUAUUAUCCCCAUUGAUGAUGAUCUCGGAGAAAGAGAACGAGAUGUCCUGCAGUUUCAUAAGAGACUUUGACUUUGAGUUGGAAGAGCAUUUGCUGUCAGAUUUCUUCAAUGAGGAUUUGGUAGGCUUUCCAUCUGAUUUUGAAAACAGGGUUGAAAUAAACGAUGCAUCCAGAAAAUCUGAAGAAAAACUCUUACUUACCUCAGAAGAUGAAUUGCUGGAUUGCUCGGAUUUGCAAACCAUGGCUGCCCUCAUUGACUCUGACUUGGAUUGGCUCCAAGUUUUAAGCAAAACAUUGUAGUCUAUUUCAUUCCCAUGCCAUAUAAAACCAUGAUGUCCUAGUCAACCGUUGUAACAUAGAUGGAUAAAAAGAAGAAAAAUGCAGAUUUUGCCCUCUUCAAGAGUUCCAUGUGUAAUUUAGAGAGGCAUAUGUAUGUAAAAAUGGCAAAGCAUGCAUCUAUCUCUGUAUUAUAUGUUUGUUUGUGCAAAUUUGAACACUCGCAACGCAAGCGCACGAGUCUACUGGAAUAUAAGAUUGCUAGAGAAUUUAAUCAAAUUCAAUUUAUUUAAUUCUACUUUAGUUUAAAUAACAUUUGGUAGCUUAGAGAAAAAUUAACAAAAUUAAUGAUAGAAAACAAUUACAACUACUAAAAUCAACUCUAAAAUUCAAGUGUUUAAGGUUUCAGAAUCUACCAGUAUUUAAUUUAGCAAUUCUCAAACUAUUGAUUAAUUCCCACUGUUAGAAUGACUAACUUAAAAUCAAUCUAUGUCAUCUCAUGGAUAUAACAAUAUAAUACAGAUUAAAU